AUGGCUAGUGCGCAGAAUAACAGCGUUCAAAAUCUAACCUAUGUCCGCAAUCUCCUUCCUAAGGAAGUUUUGAUAUGCCUGAGCGUUGUCAUUGGUGUUAUUUGUAUUCUCGGGAUCAUCUUGAAUUUACUGAUUCUUCGCGUUACUAAAGAAAAGAAAGCUUACACUGGGYCAGACGAGAGACAAAGAAAAAACUCUCUUGUUUAUUAYUUUCUUUGGAACCUCGCGUUCUCGGAUCUAUUGAGCUUGAUWAUCGGUAUCCCUUUGGUUGUUGGUCAAAGUCGGUAUUUUCCGAUCAUCGCCAAACCGAGUGAUGCCACGUGUCGUUUGGUACGUGCAGCCCAACAUCUUCCAAUGGUGACUAUCUACAUCAUCACAACAAUGUGUUUAGAGAGAUAUUUCUCCUUAGUGCGCCCUUUCAAUCCACUUUCACCGAAGAUUUUUCGCAGGUUGAUUAAAUUGUGCUGGGUUACUGGAUUUUUGGUUUCGAUAAUGUUUUCCACGACAUUCAAAAGUAAGCAGAUUAUUCUUACCAACACGACUUUUACUUUCGACUGUAUCCUUGAAAGURAAAGCGAUCAAAAAAUCAUGUUUUUUGUUGUUGCCGGUGUAAGCAYAGCURCUCCCUGCAUCUUCAUCAUCUACUCGACGUUGCAUUGYAUCAUAAAGUUGAACUCCCUGCAGCCGUUACCAGGAUUGCAGCAAUCUUCAAAUGAUCACUUAGCCAAUGAGGAAGACGUUAAAAGACGCUCUACUCUAAUGYUAUUCAUGAUUGUAUUAACAUUUCUGCUAUCGUAUCUUCCCUACUUUGUCUUUAAGGCUAUGAAAUCAAUCUUUGGUUAUAAACUUAUCUAUCAUAAUGAAGUGAUUGUGAGGUAUGYUCUCAGUAUCUGUGCAUAUUCUAAUUCUGUAUUUGAUCCUAUUAUGUACGCUAUCAUCAUGAAAAGUUUGCGUGGAAGUCUAAAAACCAUAUUUACAAGAAGAAGAACAACAACACACGAUGCCCCAACAGCAGAUGGCGAAAACCGCAUUACUUGUCGUCAAAGUGAUCAGAGCAGACCUGAGAUGAUUGAAAUGAACAAGGUGCGGGUUGAGGCCGUUGCAAAUUCUGAAAGUACUGGGUCUUUAAGAGCACAAGGGGGRCAGGAAAGUCAGAAUGAAGCCUCAGAGGUGGAGACGGACAAUGACGAAAACGCACAGGAACAUGGAACAAUGAACGUUAAAAACUCAUAGCAAAAAUCCAGAAUAUAAGCCGGAAAAAAACUUGACAUGAGCUCGCUCCUGCAUGUUUUUUUAUUGUUUAUUUUAUUUAUUUUAUUUUUAUAUAUAUUUUUUAUUUAUUUCUAUUUAUUUUAUUUUUUAUUUUUUUAUUUAUUUCUAUUUUUUUCGCGCACCUGUUGUUGAUGAGAGCAGACGACGUGAUAGUGUGCAUGAAAUGCUUGGAAGCUGUCGCACCUUUUGCCUGCCGAUCAUUUCUAUUUUUAACGUUUAAUAAACUUUCUACUUGUGAUAUUUGAAGCUUAAUUAAACAACCACUAUUAUCUAGUUUA